AUGCAAUCCGUCCUCCAUCCCAUAACCGGCCCCAAGAAGGAAAUCCACGACCUAACCGGUCGCGUCGCGCUGGUUACCGGCGGUGCACUGGGUAUAGGAUAUGAGAUAUCGCGCGCCUUCGCCCUAAACGGGGCGCGCGUGAUCAUGGUCAACCGCAAAGAAGAACAGGGCGAGGCCGCAAUCGACAAGAUCAAAGAGGAAUCAGACCAAAAGGCGCAGAUCGAGUGGGUGGAAUGCGACUUGGGGAAUCUGAACCAGGUGAAGGAUGUUUUUACGGGGAUUUGUAAGAGCGAGGAGAGGUUGGAUCUUCUCAUCCUCUCCGCCGGCAUAAACGCAAACAAAUACGGCGAAACAGCGGACGGAUACGAGCGGAUUUUCCAAGUAAACUGGCUCGGCCAGUUCUACGUCGUGAACCUCCUGUACCCGCUCCUCCGCAAGACAUCCCAGAUGACAGAUACACCCGCGCCCCGGAUCGUCUUCGAAGGGUCCGAGGUUCAUCGCGCGACGACAUCAAGUACGAAGUUCGCGUCAAAGGAGGAAAUUAACGACCCCAGUAAAGAUCCGACGCAGCUGUACGCGCGCACGAAACUGGCGAUCAUACUUGGUGUCAAGUAUGGGCUUUUGGACCGGGUAAUUCGGCCGAAUGGGGAUCGGGUUUUUGCGUUGGUUGUGCAUCCUGGGGCUGUCAACACGGCUAUGCAGGAGCAAUGGAAGGAGGCGUACCCCGGUCUCCUGGGUAAACUGCUAACGACUGCAAUGACGGCCAUCAGUCGCAGUCCGGAACAAGGGUCCUUCAGUGCGUUGUAUGCGGCUACAAGUCCGGAGGUCGAGGAGAAGGGCUGGAAUGGGUACUACUUCACAGACCCAGGACAGCCGGGUAAGGAGACGGCCCAGGCAUCGCAUUCAGGGCUGGGUUCAGCGUUGUGGGAUCUCAGUCAUAAGAUGAUCAGAGGCAAGGUUGGGGAUGGGGGAAUGGUGGAUUGGGAUGUGAAGGUAUGA